AUCGGAGCGACGGGCCCGAAAGGAAGUAGCGUACUGAGGGGUGUGGCGGUUUUCUGCGGUUGCACGGGGGGUCGGACGAGUACGGAGCGCCUAGAGGGACAGCCGGGAUACAGGUUCGCUGAUGGCUCAGUUGGGAGCAGUUGUGGCGGUGGCUGCCAGUUUCUUUUGUGCAUCUCUCUUCUCGUCUGUGCACAAGAUAGAAGAGGGGCAUAUUGGGGUAUAUUACAGAGGCGGUGCCCUGCUGACUUCUACCAGUGGCCCUGGUUUCCAUCUCAUGCUCCCUUUCAUCACAUCGUAUAAGUCUGUGCAGACCACACUCCAGACAGAUGAGGUGAAGAAUGUUCCCUGUGGGACUAGUGGUGGUGUGAUGAUCUACUUUGACAGAAUUGAGGUCGUAAACUUCCUAGUCCCAAAUGCAGUGUAUGACAUAGUGAAGAACUACACUGCCGACUAUGACAAGGCCCUCAUCUUCAAUAAGAUCCACCAUGAACUGAACCAGUUUUGCAGCGUACAUACACUUCAAGAGGUCUACAUUGAGCUGUUUGAUCAGAUUGAUGAAAAUCUCAAACUGGCUUUGCAACAGGACCUAACCUCCAUGGCUCCUGGGCUUGUCAUCCAAGCUGUGCGGGUGACAAAGCCCAACAUACCUGAGGCAAUCCGCAGAAACUACGAGUUGAUGGAAAGCGAGAAGACAAAGCUUCUCAUUGCAGCCCAGAAACAGAAGGUGGUGGAGAAGGAAGCCGAGACAGAGCGGAAGAAGGCCCUCAUUGAGGCAGAAAAAGUGGCCCAGGUCGCAGAAAUCACCUAUGGGCAGAAGGUGAUGGAGAAGGAGACUGAGAAGAAGAUUUCAGAAAUUGAAGAUGCUGCGUUUCUGGCCCGGGAGAAGGCAAAGGCUGAUGCUGAGUGCUAUACUGCUAUGAAAAUAGCCGAAGCAAAUAAGCUGAAGCUGACCCCUGAAUAUCUGCAGCUGAUGAAGUACAAGGCAAUUGCUUCCAACAGCAAGAUUUACUUUGGCAAAGACAUCCCUAACAUGUUUGUAGACUCUGCAGGCGGCCUGGGCAAGCAGUUUGAGAGGCUGGCUGACAAGCUGAGUUUUGACUUAGAAGAGGAGGAGCCCUUAGAGGCAGCCACUGAGGGGAACUGAAAAUGUUUUUAUACAACCUCAGAUGACACUUGAAGAAAUCUUUAUUUUUUAAUGAUGAACCAGAAUGUCCCCUCCCUCCCACACUACCUGCUUUGACUCACUUCAAGGUACUAUGGUGAAAAAGAAGAAAGGGACUUAAAUCUACUACCCUUCCUGGUAAGGGGGGUGGGGAGCUGAUGAUUUGGGAGUUUAUUCAGGUGAGUAGGUAAUUUAACUUCCGAUAAGAUUUGUAAACCAUUUAACCUUGCAUCUCCAGGUACUAAUUUUGACCCUUGAAAGCUGGCUUACUAGGGAUGCUGGAGGAAAUGUAGGAUGUAGCCUCCAGGUGACUUGAUUUCUCUUAUUUGGGAAAACGUGGUCCAAUUUUCUCACCCCUGCCUCCCAGGUGGGAGGUGUCUGUAGGUGAGAGGUGUCUGUGGGUGAGGCUCAGCAACUGAGCAAAUAAUGUGCUUAUAAGUUUGCCGGGAGAGCCAUGGAGAAACAGCUGCAGAGAAUGUUUGACUUUCCUGGCAGUUUUGUCUGUAUGGGUGUGCUGUCUUGAACCCUCAAAAGCAGGAACUGGUGCUAGGUUUUGCAAGGUUUUCUAUACACUCCCCUUCUUGCCCUAGCAUUUAAAGAGUGUGGUGGUUUCUGAUGACAUUUCCAGAGUCAGUGUUUGGGCACCACCACACAAUUCUUUUUGGAACUUUUCACCUAUCCUCUGAUUGGUUUUUUUCCCUCAAUCUGUUUGCUGGUUCCAGUCAGCAUCAAGAAGACAGAACAAACACUCAAGUGUCUUCAUAGCUGCUGAAGGGGAGUCAUUGUAUCUAUUAGCUGUACCUGCUUGGCAGAUUAUGUACCUUGAGAUCCAGUGUCUUUAUUGUUGUGGAGAUUCCACAUUGAAGAGCUCUGAUAUCGUGUACAGAAGAGGAAGAAAGGUCAUCCAAGAGACUUCCUAGUCUAAUUGCCUAUGGCUUGUGCUGGGAGUGAGAUUUGUCUGAUGUAGUGAUAAAGGGAGCCCUCAGUAACAUGUGUUUUUUAAUCCAGGGCUCCAGUCGGGUCAGACUGAAUGUCACAUCUCUAGAGACAGCUAUGUGAAUGUAAGUCCAAGUUCAUGCCCAAGUCCCUGGGUUGGAAUGGUUGCACCAAAAUCAGUUUAAAAUGUUUAUUUUUCCUUACUACUUGGAAAAAUUUGAGCCACACUGGGAGAUUCAGGGUCAGGGGGGCACAAAGAUGAAAGAAGCUUUCUUCUUAUAUCCAGAAGUGAGUGCAGGGGAGGAGGCCGUUCUAGCCCUUGAGUUGUGUACAGCAGUAUUAAGUGGAGGACAGUUAUUUGGAGUUAACGUGCAAGGUACUAUCCAUAACCAGGAGCCCUGGUGGCAUAGUAGUUAAGAGCUCGGCUGCUAACUAAAAGAAAGGCAGUUCGAAUCUACCAGCCACUCCUUGGAAACACUAUGGGGCAGUUCUUCUCUGUCCUGUAGGGUGGCUAUGAGUCAGAAUCAACUCGACAGCAAUGGGUUGGGUCUCCAUGACCAGCUCUGGCUUAGGAUUUCACCUUAUUAGCUGCCCUCUGAGACUCCCGUCAUACCCCUCCUUCCUAUGUGAAUAAUAUGAAUGUUAUUUUCUGGCACAGAUCCCCACCUCCUAUUUGGUCCCAUGCCCACAUUUCUGGCUUAUGGAAUGGCCUUUUCUCAAGCUGGAACUCCAGCCAGCUUGCUCCUAAGUAGUACCAGCUUGUCAGGAGUUUGAAGAGCAUCCGGCCUACCUAGGAAGUUACAGACCAGUAACUCCCAUUGCUUCAAAUAUUGCUCAUCUCUGUUCUAAUUCCUGGGACUCAGAAUUCUCAAGCCACUGGUCCUGGUCACACUCUGUGCAGGCAUCAAAAUGUUCCUGGGGAGUGACAGAUUUAAUUGUGCUCAAGAGUUCUUGCAGAAGGUGGUCAGUUUCCCAAGACCAGUAUAGGGUGUCCAUUAAGAUCGCUCAUUUCCUCCCAUUUCAGUGCCAUUGGUCACUUGCUAAGAGCAAUGUGGCAGGUCCAGCAUCCCAAUUUACAUAUUUGUCUGCUUCUCUCCUCUGAUCUCUCGCUGCAUGAGCCUCAGAAAACACUGUUUCACUACAGUAGAAUCAGGAGCAGGGAUAUCUCAGCCUCUCUCAACAGCACGUUUUGCUCAGGUUCCUAACUUGAAAGUCUCUCUAGUACUAACAUUCAGUGUUAGUUUGUCCUUUGCACUAGAUACACUUCAACCACAAAAGAGCCUCAAGAGUAAACUCCUGCUGCAACUGCCCCACCCCCUCGGUGUUACUGUCACUUCCUCAAACAAAAACAUGAAUGUUGUACUCAUUGUCUUAAACCCAGUGUUGCCUGUACCUGCCUGAAAAGUAAAAUCAUGGAAUUUAACUGUUUCCUUAGCAUAGGGCAAGUAACCCAUCUGUCUGCUGUGUCUUUGUUUUUUUUUUAACACUUACUAGAAAAUCUGAUCUUAAAACGUUUGAAUUCUAAACAUGUAAACUGUGACAGCCUGCGAUUUUGUAGGCAGUAGCGUCAUGGCUGCUAUUUAUAAACGGAACUCCUGUUCUUAUCAAAAUAAAUAACUUCAUAAAAUUCAGUUUUUGUAGGAUUUUCCAAGGAAAAGUCACCUUGGUUGAAUGUUUCUCACUCAUUAAACUUUGCAGAAAUGAUUCAUAGUCAGUGCUGUUUUUAAUCACUUUUUUAAUAUGAGGACAGAAUGUGUGCAAGGAAGCCAAAGUUUGUUAAUUUUUAUAUGACAAAAGUAAAAUAGAUUUAGAGGAGUCCUAUGAUCAUAGUAAGUUGAGGGGGAAAAAAAUCACUGAAAGAAUCUUAGCAUUGUAUUCAUCACAAAAAAAGUAGUUUUACAAGUGAUCUGUAGUGAUGUCUGUGAGUCUGUGUAUCUUUCAACACUGAUAACGUCACCAUUUAUAAAGAGUAAAUAGUGAAAGUAAGACGAUGGUGUUUACCAGCUUCGGCGUUGAAGUUUUACUUAGGAUAAACUGUAACUUGGCUAGUGGCUGUUCUGUGUCUGUGAACUUAACCACUGCUUCUUUAGUUCUGUCCUACAGAGGCCUAACCACUCUUUCUAUUGUUUCCAUAUAUAAAGAGGUAAUAACCAAUUAUUUUGUGUUUAUAUUGCCAUUCCCUUUUAUUUCUGCUUUUGUGUAGGCUCGUGAUUGAACAGUCAGGCUGAUUCUACUUUCAAAGAUCCCUGAGGGCUUAACGACCCCCCUUGUAACUGGGAAAUUAUUGUUAUAUUAAUCAUUCUGUAAAUGACACUGCUGGAGUAAUUGCUGUGAGUUGAUAGCUGGAAGAAUUGUUUUGGACAGCACUAAAGGUCUUGUGUGAAUUUAUGUCUUAGUUUUAUUUUCAGUCUUGCUAAAUAAAAUGUCUUUGUAUUUA